GGGCAGUGCGGAGCCUGCAGCAGGAAGACCUCACCCCAGGACACACGUUGGUGCUGUGAACUGAAAGUGCACUGAUGGCGGAAGGCGGAUCAUCUCCUUGUACAGGCGGAACCACAGUAAAGAUUGCCAUCGCAAUGUACAACUUCAAAACACGUGAAGAGGAUGAGUUGGCUUUUGAGAAGGGAGAGAUAAUCAGGGUGCUGAACAAAGUGAAUGAUGGCUGGUGGUACGCCAGCUCUCUGAGAACAGAAGCAGCAGGUCUGAUCCCCAGCAACUAUGUGAAGACCCUGGAUGAUGAGGAGAAUGAACAGAUGGCACCAGUGGGGGAGGACGAGGGAUCUGAAGGGCAAUGUGCCAAGUCUCCUGCUUCUGAUCAAACCAUCAGUGACUCAACUUCAGACACCAAACCACUGGAGGAGAG